GGCACGAUAGGAUUAUAAGAUUACGGCGAGCGCGAAGGGGUAAAGCAUAUGCCUUUGUCAUCUGCUGUCAUUUGUUCGCCGCCACUUGCCUCGCCACGGCUGCUGGUCGAUCUAAUUUCAUAGUCGAGCACUGUUGUGACAAACGGAGUCUUAACAGCGUGUGGCGCUGAGCGAUAGCGGCUCGCUCUCUCUGUCUUUCUCCCUCCCGUGUUUUGUUGAUUGGUGUUUUCGUCGUUUUCACUCUUUUCUGGCGGAGCGAGGUGGAUUGUUACUUGUAACAAAAGCGAAGCACCCUCGCGCGCAUACAGCUGCUCACUUUACGCGCAUCUUUGGCUCGCGCCUCGUCUUGUUGCAUGGUGUUUCUGGGAGCCGACGCGAGUCAACCAAUGCAGAAAAGGGAGAAAAGUUUCGGUAUACAAAUGCUCUCUGUCCAGCCGGACACCAAGCCAAAGGGCUGUGCCGGCUGCAACCGGAAAAUCAAGGACCGCUACCUGCUGAAGGCCUUGGACAAGUACUGGCAUGAAGACUGCCUCAAGUGCGCCUGCUGCGACUGCCGACUCGGCGAGGUGGGCUCCACGCUGUACACCAAAGCCAACCUCAUCCUCUGUCGGAGGGACUAUCUACGGUUGUUCGGUGUGACAGGCAACUGUGCGGCUUGCAGCAAACUCAUCCCAGCAUUCGAGAUGGUCAUGAGAGCCAAGGAGAACGUCUAUCACCUGGACUGCUUCGCCUGCCAGCUGUGUAACCAGAGGUUCUGCGUCGGAGACAAGUUCUUCCUGAAGAACAACAUGAUCCUGUGCCAGACAGACUACGAGGAAGGACUGAUGAAGGAGGGCUACGCGCCACAGGUCCGCUGACCACCCCACGACCACGCGGCUCGCAGGAGGGGAAAGAGCUGCGAGAGGACCUGAAGGGGACAUGCAAUCAGACACAAGAAGCACUAGUAUCCUCUCCAGCCCCUGUCCCCAUUACAUUGUAUAUACGAAGAGCCCACAUAAGGGACGGUGUACUGUACAGAUUAGCCAUAGAGAUGUUUUUGGUAAGUGGGAGAAUGUUCAAAGACGGACCAAGACUGCGGUUCAGUUUUAAUGACGCUGCCUGACGGCCUUAUGAAGACCAGACAUCUCAAUGGCCCAACUUUGGUGAACUUUUAACACACACAAACGUACAACCCCAAGUCCACAUCGCAAUUGCAUUUCACAUGCUUUACAGGGUGAAGACCACAUAGUAAAAAAAAAAAAAUCCAGUAUUUAUUGGCGAAUGAGAAGAAAAGGAGCCAUGUCAACAUAAGAUCUCAGGUUGAAUGGGUUUCCUCAUUGUCAUUCCUAUUUUUCAUUUACAUUGUCUUAAUUCCGUUUCCAGCAAACAAGUUGGACAAACACAUACAGCCAAUCAGAAGAUAUUUGUUGUUUAAUGUAGAGUUACAAGAACCAAUGAGAUUUCAUAGUGGGCGGAGCUACCAGCACAAUACUACAGAUAUAGAUGAAAUGUCCUGGCUGUUAAGGACAACUUCGCAAAAUGGCACGUUGUAAGACAUGGUGUUAGCUUUCUAACAGCUCUUUGAGUUUCGACAUCUUCAACAUCAAGUGGUGUGAUUUCAUUAGUGACAUAUUGAAAAACGUAUCGCUCCCUGUUUUAAACCUAAAAGACUCUAGCUUUCAAACGCGAACUCUUUGAACAUUUGGGUUUGGCACGUGUGUAAACAAUGGGUUUGUUACUUUCUUCACUGUAUUUAUUUAAUAGGCUUUUCGUCAUUGCGUGUAAUUCAAGGCUCUGUUCCUGACAUGUUUAUACCUGAACUGAAUCACCGCUCAGUCGCCAAGCAUCUCCUCCAGACGUGACGAAUGUCGCGUUGUAUUUAUUUGUGCGACCCAUGUUGAUCAGCUGACAUAAUCCUCUAAACACAAUCAGGUCGCAUAAAUUGUAGGCAUUACUGGAGCACGUGAAUACCUGGUCCGAGGAUUUGCCUUUACCAGGUUUUGUUUACUAUCGACUCAAGGCGACAAACAAGCGUAAAUCACUACUGUAGCCUAUUACGUUGAUAAUUCUUUUAUGGGCUAUGAUUACCUUUGGAAACCGAGUGCAUAGCCUAGAGAAAAUAUGAGGACAAACUUAAAUUUGUAUAUGGUGGUUGUACAUAUUUAAAAAAAAAAUAUUCCUUUUUGCUUGCUAUUGUAUAUGGGUUUUCUUUUUAUGUGUUAUUCAGCAUGAGAUGUUUAUUUUUAGGAUGUGUACAUACUGUACUGUAAUCAUUUUAAGCACAAAUGUAAUACAGUUUUAUUGUGUUA